UUCAUGCCAGAACCAAACUGGAGGAAGCAGGAGGCCAGAUGUUCAAUGAUACAGUAUGAUGUACACCAUAUUACAGACUCAUCUAAGGAGGUCACCUUUUCUAGCACUUAGACAGCUAAGUGCUCUGUGCUCAGCCUCAACGAAAUCAGAACUAUUAUUUAUCUUGAGGAGGGUUGGUUAUGUUCGGUACAUCAGUUCAGCUGCUUCCAAAUGUCAGAAAAACAAGAGUGUCACAUUUUCAACAAUUCUGUCACAGAAUGAAAUGGAGUUUCAGGAACUGCCUAUCCUUGUUCGAUUAAUGGACAAAAGCAUGAUUCCUUUUGUGAGUUACUCAUAUCAAGGAGAGUCAGUUCACUCUGCAGCAGAAGAUGUAAAUUUUAAAUAUCUUUUAGCAGAAUGUAACUCAUUAAAGCAGAUUUAUGAGUUGUUGAAUAUGCCUUCGAAAAGGUUACAUGGUAAUUCAGCAUCAGCUACGCUGGUUCGGAUGGCAGAACUUCAGAGAUCUGAUAGAAACUGGGAUCAGCUGGACUCAUUUAUAUACAAAGCCAUUGUGAAUGGAUUAUGUCAUGCUGUGGCUGAAGAUGCAUCAAAAUUAACGAACUACUGCCUGUUGUCACUGGUCCCUUGUUACCUUCUCAUAAAUGACUUUUCAGAAGACUGCACUAUUACUCUCAGGGAUGAAAUUAAGAAGCGUAUUAUAGAGGCUCAGUUUGAAAAUACCAGAACUCUGUAAACUGAGUGCUAUUUGCUGCAUGGAAGAUGGGGACCAGGAACUUGUUGACUGUAUAUGGGCUUAUAUUAACCAGCAGGUCACAGAUAUUUCUGAAGAUGAUAUUCCCAUUGUUUUGUCAUCUCUUCCCCCAACUCACAAAUUUCUUCUUCCAUUAUUUGGAAAACCAUUUCACAAAACUUGGUGGAAACUGAACAGCACAGAGAUUGUCAUGUGUCUUGAUAAUCUUGUAAAAUUAAAUACUUUACAGGUGAGCAUAAUGAGGGACAUUGGUUCUUGGCUUUUUCUCAAUAUUCAUGAAGUGAAAGAACAGGAGGUGAGCCAGUGUAUCAGAGCAUUUCAUCAUUUCAACUUCUAUGAUGGAAAUCUUAUGUCAGCACUAGAACGCUAUAUUCCAGCAAAAAAUAAACAGCUUCACGCAGAACUGCCAGCAGUUGUUGCGGAGUAUUGUCGCAGUCGACGUUACUUUUCACCUGCAAUCCUUGAUGCAAUUGCUGUUCAUUUCUGUGCAAAGGGUGAAAACUAUCAGUCAUCAGAGGUUUUCUUAGCGCUGCGAGUGUUUGGUCAGUUAAACUAUCUUCCUCAAGAUGGGCUGCCAAGGUUUUUGUUGCAAGCAGAAAAAAUGAUUGAAAAACAUUUUGAUAACUUAGACUUUGGUCAAAUGUGUGAACUUGUUUGUUCCUUUGCUUUUGUGGAAAAAAUCUCCUUGAGUAUUGUGCAAAAAGUGUUUUCAUACACAUUUUUGAGCAGGAUCAAAUCUUCCCCUCAAGGUCACAAGGCAGGCAUGUGGCUGGAGAUGCUCCAGACAGCAGUGAGACUUGAUGUAAAAGGUUUUCGUUUGCCAUAUUUAUUUAAGCUCCAUACCAAACAAAUGCUGAAAGACACCAGACUGUAUAUUUUGCAAAAUCAGCUGAAGGGGUGCCUUGAAGAGCUGCUCGGCACUGGCAUGGUCAAGAUAAGACCUUUUGCAGAUAGAAGUAUCUAUAUACUCGAUGCUGAGAUAAUUGUCACAGCAAAAGGAGUCCCUAUACCAGUCUCCUCUGAAGAUGAACACCUCUUUAGAUCAGAGGACAAAAGAGUGGCAAUCCUAAUCACUACAGCAGAUGAUGUUUGUCUCAACACUAACCACAUGCUUGGAAAGUUUUCCAUGCGUCAACGUCAUCUAAAAAAAAUGGGCUACACUGUGAUAGAAGUUCCUGAUAAAGAAUUUCUACCUCUUAAUCGGUUGAAACAAAACAGAUACUUGAAGAAAAAACUGGAAGCCGUGAUAGACUUUAUGAAGUUAAGUAUAUGAUACAGCUUGUAAAAGUCAAGCUGGACACCUGAAAAAUCAGAUCAAAGGUAGACAUCGCCUUCACAACUGUAAGACACUCCAUAUCGUUUUGUUGUUGGUGUAAUUAAACGGGGCAGUAUUGUCAGACAUUUGUCUGAACAAACCAGACAAAUCGGUUUUGAUAACUAUUGGAGAAAUUUUGUGCAUUUCUUUAGGAACAGAAAAGAGUGUCAUUUGCGCAUUUCAUUUUACUUUUUUAAAAUGUUGUGUUAAGUAUAUUUCUGUACUUGACAAAGAUGCAGUUAUUCUAGUGCAUUUAUCCACAUAAACAACUAUAUUUUGUUUAACCAUGUUGUAUAGGCAUGUAAUUUUUGAUCAGUAUUUUUUUUUAAUCGAAAGUUAUUCAACACAUUGACCAAUUAAUUCAAACUAUGAAGACAGUACUAUAUUUCAGUAAGAUUGAUGAUUUUUUUUUUCAUUAUCUAUGACCAUAUACAGAGAGGAUAUAUGUUAGCAGGAGUGAUUUCAAUCUUUUUUUAAAAACCUUAGUUUCUUCAGCAUUGACUUUAUGAUUUAUUGUCAGACAUAUCUCUAUUCUUCCAUUUAUCUGUGCACUGCUCUUGAAAGUAUUAUGGAACAGUUAAUUGAAAUGGAAUAAAAAUCUUGAAUGUGAAGUA